GCAGACCUGCCAGAACGAGCACAUGCAUCGACUUCUUUCGUCCGGCGAGGUGACGUUCUUCAUCGACGGUCACAAAGGAUCACCGGCGGCCCUCAGGGCGGUUGUACCGCAAGCGCCAUGGCGUGCGUGCGUGAGGCACCUCAUCACCAACAAAAACAUGAAGGCAAUGGGACACGCCUCUUCAGUGGCGGUUUACCGAGCGGCGGUGAUGCCUACCAAGGCCCUGUUUGAGGAGGCAAUUGAGUCAGUCAAGGAGGACUUCCCGGCCAACUACAACCUCCUCAUGAAAAACGACCUUGACAAAUGGACACACCAUGCCACCCCCAGCAACCUGGUCAACCUGAAGAUGUCCACCUCCAACUCUGCGGAGUCCACCAUUUCCGCGGUCGGCCACCAGGUUGGUGAACGAAAGGGGUGGAUAUGUUGAAAAGCCUUUUGCAGGUCCGAAUUGACGCACUAUACCCUUCAAGAGGAGCGUUUCUCGCUGGAUCUCAUAGCUGGUGCGUCAGGAUGUCCUCUCACUCAGCGUCAAGCGGCAGAUGUCGGUUCCCGUGUGGGCGUACAAAGGAGCCAGCGUUUUGUGAAGCCCCCGACAGCCGACCACUGUAGUUCCGAGUGUUCUCUAUUGACAUUCCCAUCGCUUCUUCUCAUUGAUGCAUGUUAUCUUGUGUCGUGAAUGUUGGUGGUAAUCGAAGUGGUAUUUAGUAGGUGCCUUUGUUUUCGGUGGGUCGAUCCAACAUGAAAGAAUCCAAGAUGAAGCGACUAUGUACCAUCCCUCACUACUAUACAUCCGCAUAAAAAAUACUUGGUGGAUGGGUGCAUUUCUGUUUCCCAUCCGGAGAGUAUCGUAGCCCCUCCCUUGUCACCCGUUGGUCAGCGUGUCAGCAGGGUCCAUGCUAAACGUGAGGACACAUGUACAUUCUCACCCAAUUUUAUUAUUGUUAGGAAUCCUGCAGUCCCGAUUCUUCAACGGCCACUUGUCCGUGUGUUGUGAUUUCCUUCUCUACGCACC